AUGACAACAUGGACAAACUACAAGACCAAAAGAUCAACAGAGAGAAGAGAAAGAAUACCAAACAGCAUAGAAACAGUAUCUCGGUGUGAGAAGGUAGGUCAGAAAGACAAUCAUUGGCAGAUGGAAGAAAGACUCGACCCAAGUUGCCCAGAAACAUCACCAGGAAAAACGGCAGAGGAACCGGUGAUGGAACUGAGGAGAGAAGAGUACUCGUUUACCGAGAAUGACAAAGAAGUGUUGCUGAGUAAACAUGGCCCAUGCUCUCAGCACCACAGACCUCUAGUGAUGAGUCAAAAUGGGCCAUACUCUCAGCACCCCAGACCUCUAGUGCUGAGUCAACAUGGGCCAUGCUCUCAGCAACCCAGACCUCCAGUGCUGAGUCAACAUGGGCCAUGCUCUCAGCAACCCAGACCUCCAGUGCUGAGUCAACAUGGGCCAUGCUCUCAGCAACCCAGACCUCCAGUGCUGAGUCAACAUGGGCCAUGCUCUCAGCAACCCAGACCUCUAGUGCUGAGUCAACAUGGGCCAUGCUCUCAGCAACCCAGACCUCUAGUGCUGAGUCAACAUGGGCCAUGCUCUCAGCAACCCAGACCUCUAGUGAUGAGUCAACAUGGGCCAUGCUCUCAGCAACCCAGACCUCUAGUGAUGAGUCAAAAUGGGCCAUACUCUCAGCACCCCAGACCUCUAGUGCUGAGUCAACAUGGGCCAUGCUCUCAGCACCCCAGAGCUCUAGUGCUGAGUCAACAUGGGCCAUACCCUCAGCACCCCAGACCUCCAGUGCUGAGUCAACAUGGGCCAUACUCUCAGCACCCCAGAGCUCUAGUGCUGAGUCAACAUGGGCCAAGCCCUCAGCACCCCAGAGCUCUAGUGCUGAGUCAAAAUGGGCCAUGCUCUCAGCAACCCAGACCUCUAGUGCUGAGUCAAAAUGGGCCAUACCCUCAGCACCACAGACCUCCAGUGCUGAGUCAACAUGGGCCAUACUCUCAGCACCACAGACCUCCAGUGCUGAGUCACCAAAAUGACCAGAACGGCAGCACUGUGCAGUUGCCACCUCCUGGGCCCCACACACCUGCUGGGGCCCCACACAACAAUAAUAUCGAGCAGACAAAAGCAGACAAAAGUGGGUGA